GAGUAGAAAGCCAAGUGGAUGAAGGAAGUGGAGAUCUCCACCCUCCAGCCUCCCCCUGACACUUCUCAUAAAUAUUACCAAGGCUUAUUCGGGAGGCUCCCACCAUAAAGUCACAUCGUGUCCUGGUUUUAACAAGUUUUCAACCGUAAGAAAAUCGGAAAUUUGCCCCUUUUUUCCCUUCGCCACCGCGUUGGCAGUAUCGGAUGCGCUCCGGCCACCGUUUUUCCAACUCGAACUUUACGCACCGGCUACUGCGCCACUAGCUGGAGAGCUGCUGUUGCCGUUUACCGGCUGCUGCCCGGGGAUCCAGUCCUGGUUCUCCGGAAUCUUCGGCGUCGAGGGCAAAGAUCCCUGAUAAAAUGUAUAAUUAAUGUUUUAAUUUGUGGCUGUCGAUCGAUCGGAGGCUGACUUUUUAUCAACUUGGCUUCGGGACUUUGACUUGUGUUUCUCGUCGCUGCUGGCAAAGAAACCGAGAAACCACAAGUGAUUCAGUGUCACAAACUUCAUUGUUUCUGUCCACAAGAAGAGGAGAAAGAGGACACUUUUUAUCCAGAUUCUUUAAAAUAUCGAGGAUCCAAGAUGAGCAAACCCACCGGUUCAACAAGUGGCUGUUUGGAUAUUCUGAAUGUCAAAUCAAGUCGGAUUCUGGACAUCCCAUGUAAAGUGUGCGGUGACCGCAGCUCAGGGAAACACUAUGGUGUUUACGCCUGUGAUGGCUGCUCGGGAUUCUUCAAGAGGAGCAUCCGCAGAAAUCGGACUUAUGUGUGUAAAUCUGGCUCGCAGGGUGGUUGUCCCGUAGACAAAACUCACAGAAACCAGUGCCGAGCUUGUCGUUUGAAAAAGUGUCUGGAAGUGAACAUGAAUAAAGACGCCGUUCAGCAUGAGAGGGGGCCACGGACAUCUACAAUUCGCAAACAGGUCGCUCUGUAUUUCCGGGGCCACAAAGAGGUGAAUGGCUCCUCGGCACAUUUCCCCGGAUCCUCACUACCCGGUCCUCCUUUUUUCACCACUGUCACCCAGCUGGAGCCGCACAACUUGGAGAUGAGCACAGUAGCCACUACACCGGAAAGACAGGCCAUCGUGGGUCUAGCACAGCCAACUCCUAAGUAUCCCCACGAGGUCAGUGGCACCCCGAUGUAUCUGUACGAGGUGGCUACGGAAUCUGUGUGCGAGUCAGCUGCGCGUCUUCUCUUCAUGAGCAUCAAGUGGGCAAAAAGUGUCCCCGCGUUCUCCACCCUCCCUUUAUCUGAUCAGCUGAUUCUGUUGGAGGACGCUUGGAGAGAAUUAUUUGUUCUGGGCAUCGCGCAGUGGGCCAUUCCCGUGGACUCCACAACUCUUCUCGCUGUUUCUGGGAUGAACACUGAAAACACGGAGUCUCAGCGGAUGAACAAGAUUAUGUCUGAGAUUCAAGCGCUUCAAGAGGUGGUCACCAGAUUCAGACAGAUGCGCCUUGACGCGACCGAGUUCGCCUGCUUGAAAUGUAUCGUGACAUUCAAAGCUGUUCCUACGCAUGGAAGCACAGAAUUAAGAAGUUUCCGCAACGCCAGCGCUAUUGCUGCUCUGCAAGAUGAAGCCCAGCUCACUCUCAACAGUUAUAUACACACCAGGUACCCGACUCAGCCGUGUCGUUUUGGUAAGCUCCUCUUGCUGCUGCCGGCCCUCCGCUCUGUCAGCCCGUCCACCAUAGAGGAGGUGUUCUUCAAAAAGACCAUCGGCAACGUUCCCAUCACCAGGCUCCUGUCCGAUAUGUACAAAUCCAGCGAUAUAUGAAUUCUCACCAUCUGCCGGGGCGCGUGAGGAGGGGAAAAAAAAGACUGGAGGCCCACGAGGAGACCCACUGAACAAUCAACACAGACGGUCAAAUCAUAGCAGGUGUAGCCACGGCACAAAAUCUCUUACGGGCUGUCUUAAUACAGCCUAUUUAGGCUUAGGCUCCAUUGAACACAUCCGGAUCACAACUUUAGCCUGUUAACAGUUGCUCUAGUCAAGGAUUAGCAUGUACCUUUCAUUAGAGACCUGCCUGUCUGAUUCUGAAAACUGCAAUAUCUUGUGGCCAAAACAGCUUGCAGCGUUUAAAUGUCGCCUUAAGGCUCUGGAGAGCACCUGCCAAGCACGUUUCCUAAAGAAACGCUGUACAUUAAGACUUUUUUUGUUUGGAUUUUUUCCGAGUGUCUAUGAGACCAAUGAGCUUGACGACCAAUUCACCAUUUUAUUUCUGUGUUCAAUCCCAACGGAGGAAACCAAAAAAAGAAGAAGCAGCAGCAGCAUCCGGGGGGGGGAGAUGCGAGUCGCUGUUCCUCAAUUCGGUGCUGAAACCAAAUGCACCGAUGAGGCGUCAGCUCCAUGAAGCAUUGCGGAGGACUCUUUAAAAAGGAUGCACUAUCUACCCCCCCCCGUAAAACUACAUUCAUCUGAAAAAUGGUGUCUGUAUUUAAAUGGCUGUCCCGUUUGUGUUUGGUGUGUCCUGUUUGAGGCGCAGCAUAAAAAAGAAGAAAAGAAAACGCUUAAGGUCGACUUUUUGAAGUUAGACACUAACACUGGAUAAAAUCUUAUUCAGCACUUGGAAAUGUUUUUGUGGCCUGUAAUGUUUUUAUUCUGUUGUAAAAGCAAAAAACAAAAUUUUUAAUGGAGUUAUAACCAUUUAGAGUUGUAACCAAGAUAAUAAAAUACAGUGAAUUAAACGGUUUUCAUAUAACAUGACCUAGAUGCUUAUAGUAUAGUUUUACUAUAGAUGCUUAUAGUAAAACUACCAGCUGGAGCCCUGGCAUCAUAGCAAACAGUGGUGUUGGUUUCAUAUCUAAUUACAGUGACACUUUAUAAGGAUGUAGAGCUCAUACUAAAUUAUUAAACACUAAUGCAUGCAUCUUGAUUUAAUGCAGGAUUUCUUGUGAACACCUGAAGCUCAUCAGUAAUAACCAACUGUGUACGUUCAUUUGAUUUGUUAGUGCUUUAUCAAGUAAUGAAUAACAUAUUAUUUUACAUUUUUCUUUGCCACCAAAUGAGAUUUGUAUUACAUAAAAUGGUUCAUUUGGGGUUAAUCUCUCCAAAAUCAGAGCAGUGCUUGCUCUCACAGGACAUAUGAAGCUGCAAUCAAACUCCAUCUUCAAAUUCAAAAGUUUUACAUGGAACUGCACGGGUCAAAAGUCCUCACAUCUUAUAUGUGCAGCAUGUGGGAGGCAGUGUGCUUAAAAAAAAUAAUGUACAGAUAUGUUAUUGUUAUGAAAAAGGUCAGACCUUACAAAUAGUCCUGAAGGCAAGAAGAAAUGGCUUUUUACUUUUAUUGUGGUGGCACAUGUGAUACAAAAGUAAAAGGAAAAAAAAAAGCUUCUGGAUCUUGCAUUCAUUAAGCAUAGUGACCUGGCCCAAAUACAUGUUGUACUAAUUCAAGCUUAAUCUGUCACAAGUCAUAGACUGCAUCAUUUGUGUCUUUAGCAUGGCUCACUCUAGUGUAAGUCCAAACUCAGGGCUGUCUUUGAAUAGCUAUAGUCAUUAUACAUCUUGCACAGUAUUUAUUAAACAGGUACAAUAAAGUUAGGAUGACUGCACUGGUCCUGACUGACUGUCCAGAGCGGGUAGCGAGACAGGCAAACGGCCCGAAGCGACGACAAAUGCACUCACACGUGGACACGUUUCACCUAUUUUAUUGGAAAAUAUUCAAAAUAAACAAAAAUGGCACAGCAGUAUACAAAU